UCCAUCAUCACGUUGCGCACAUGGCGUAUGAUGUGACUGCGCCACACCUAACCGUGUCCGAGCUGGAGAUCGCAGCCUGGGACUCACUUGUGUAAUAGUUGGGGGCAAUCAGUGGAGCUCAUGCUGCUGCUGCUCCACUGCUCUGCCUCCCCUCAUGACCCAAUAAACGGCAGAAGGAGAGUAGGAGGCGGGCGGUGUUCGAGUGACAGCCUUUUACGGUUUCGAUUCGAUUAACGAACAAUAAGUAUAGUUACGAGACUAACGCUGUGACCAAAGUCAACACUGAGACAUUUGUAAUGGUCCGCUAGUCUGUUUAAAAUGGGCUUGUUUUUAUACAUCGCUGGGUCGGCCAACCCCACCGAGGCCACAGUCUAUGAGGUACUUCACUGUGAGGGUGUGAAUAAUAAGAGCUAUGUGUGUGAAUCAGGACACUGUUGUGGAGAGUCCCAGUGCUGUAGCUACUACUAUGAGCUCUGGUGGUUCUGGCUGGUUUGGGCCAUCAUCUUUAUCUUGAGCUGCUGCUGUGUAUGUCAUCACCGUCGCACCAAACACAGACUACAACAGCAGCAGCGACAGCACGAGAUUAACCUCAUUGCCUACAGAGAGGUUCACAACCACACAUCUCUGCCCUUCUACUUCAGAUUCCUACCCAACUCUCUCCUUCCAGAAUACGAAGAGGUGGUGCAUCGUCCUGCUACUCCUCCUCCCCCUUACAGCGCCUUAAGCAGCGGCCCUCCAACUUACAGCGGCCCUAUAACCACAGACCAGCAGGAUGUCCACUGCCCACCCCAACAGACCACUCCGGUGCCCCCUGUACCCGACACACCCAGCCUAGAAGAGAUCCAAACCUCUGACGGCUACCAGCACAAAGACGACGACAAGGCUGAAAUGCAGCUAGAGCGGAGCAGAUCCACAGAAACCCCCCUGCCCCAAGAUCAGUCUCCUGAAAAGCAGAACGAGUGCAGAAAAGAGCCGCUCAGGAAUAUGGCCAUGCCUGAAGAGAAAGAGCGGAUUCAGGGACGGCACCGUCGAUUUACUGGGGACUCUGGGAUUGAGGUGUGUGUUUGCGGACGAGGCUUAGAGAGUCACGAGCCUAAUGAAUUCGAGGGGCUUUUGAGUGAGGAGGAUCAAGAGGACUCUGAGGACUUCUGUGAGGAUUGUAUCCUUCAGUCGUAUGGAGAGGAAAGUCAAGAACUUCUUUCUCCCGAAAACCGAGUGGAGCGUGGAGCUUCGCCACUGCUUCAGUCUCAUCCUGUUUGCCUCUAUUUGCAUACUAUUAAUGAACAGGAGGCUCCACAUCAGAACAACACAGAAUCUUAAAGCUGACUGCAUGACUUUACUGAUUUAAAGAAAGAAGGGGUGGCCGAGGUGUAAAGAAGAUACAAUAUGCUGUGCAGAGACUAUACUGUGUAUAUUUGUAUAUAAUGAUGUGAUAGAAGCAAUCGGAUGCUCUCCGCCUUGGUUUUGUGUGCAAAGCAUCUUUUAAUGCAGUUUUAAAAAGCUCAAAAGGGCCCAAAUAAGCUCUACUCCUGUACCAGAUGAUGUGCCUUAUGCUAAGUUCAGACUGCAUGAUUUUCAAAGUAGUCGUGUCACAGAUGUUUUCACCAUGCAUGACUAUCUUGGCUAGCGUUUUGUCGCUGCUUUGUUUACACUGCAAGAAGGAUCGGCGACAGGGGGUUUCACACUGGAUGACUUUACAGUAGAAAGAAACACUGACAACUUUGUCCAAACUAUGUCUCACAACCAAAAACACGUCGUAUAUCUUUUGUUAUUAACUGCAUAACGAGAAAGAAGCCUUUAAUGAGGUAGAAAAUUUACAUAUUUGCUCACCUGGGUUUGAAGGGAGUUAGCAUUCUCCUCAACUUUUUCUUUUUUGACCCAGUUGUGAUAUUGCUCACAUGACACAUCAAAUAGACACGGAUGCUGCUGCCAAAUUUACACUAUUUUUUCUCCAUUUCUUGGGUCCAAAUAAUCUGAAAAUGAGCGCUUUUAACUUCUCCUCCAAUCUCCCACUGGCCUGCAGAUACCCAAACCAGUGGAUGCUUCUCUCUCAUUGGCUGUGGAUGAUCGUCAAUGUUAUUUUCAUUCAAAACUCAUUUCACACGGCAUUAUUUGAAUCACAGACAGCUCCAGAUAUUUAGCAUGCCAAAUGUCUCAUGGGCAUCUGCGACUCAUUGGAGAUUCUCUCAGAUCGCGUCUUUGACAGUUCACAUUGUGUGAUUGUUACUCGCGUAAACGAGCACAGAUUUGAAUGUGAUUUCAGGCAUUUGUCUGUGAUUUCUUAAAAACCUCAGUGGGUCAAAAUCGGGGCUAAAAUCAUGCUGUCUGAACUCGGCAUUAUGUGGUACUAUAAUGGUGUGUUUAUGAGUUGGGAAGUCGUAAUUAUAACAUUGUGCGUUCAAGUCUCUUCAGGGUUUUUUUUUUCUUUAAAAAAACAGCAAAAUUAUGAUAUUAUAUAUUGCAUCAGAUUCUAAAGGUGCUGAAUCAUUCUAUAAUCUUGGAAUGGUUUUAACUCCGCAAUACAUUUGUACAUGCAAUAGCUAGUUUUAUUAAAAGUGAAAGUACUAUUUAGAAACGUUCGCUGACUGUUGACAGAUACUGCAGUCAUUGCGUAUGCCAUGAAUGAAAUGAAGUGAAAUUAUAUUUAAUUGGAAAAUAAACAAACAUUUAUAAGAAUAAAGCAAUACGUGAUUCUAUACCUUGACGAUAAUGGCACAGAGGACUGAUAUUACAAUUUUGUUUUUUUUCCCAACUGAAAACAAUGAAAGCAGUGACGGCUAGUUUAAUUUGCUCUAAAGAGCAUUGAAAGUGAUUAUGGACAAAGUUACUCUGUGCUUAUUAUGAAGAUAACCGAUUUGUGUGUUGAUGUGGAUGGCAAUAUUGUUAUAGCAAUACCUUUAUACUUAUCGUUCUUGAUGUGUUGGAGCCUAAAGGGACGGUUCACCCAGAAAGAACAUCUCUACAUACUAGUUUGUACUCUCACUCAUGUGGUUCUGAACUUUUCUGAAUUUCUCUCUUCUGUUGUACACAUAGCGGCCGUUGGCAUCCAUAGCAGGGAAAAAAUAGAAGUCAAUGGUUGUUUUUCCCCUCAACUUUCUUUAGUAUGUCUUUGUGUUCA